AUGCAAGCGAGCCCACGUGUCGCCCAUUCCCGCCCACGUGGCGUGCAGGCGAGCGCUCACGGGUCGGACGCGGCGGGGCGCCUGCUGGCGGCGGGGGCCCGUAACUCGCGGCAGGGCGGCGCCUCGACACAGGGCGCCUCGAGGUUUGGCGGCUCGGCGUGGGGCGGCACGGCGAGGGGCGGCUCGCCUUGGGACGGGCAUGCGAGGGGCGGGACAUCCGGGUCGCCUGGCAGGGACACGCGGUGCCAGCUGUUCUCCUCCCAAACGGCCCUGCGCAUCCCGCCCCUCACUAUAGUCACGGAGGCGGCCGCCAUGGACGAGCGCGAGGUGGCGGCGCUGCUGGCAGCGUCUGGGCAGAACGGACAGCUCUUCCCCGCCCUGCUGCCGCCCCAGUCGCCGCCCGACGGCCGCCCCGUGCCCCGCAAUGUGAACGUGGCUCGCGUGCCCGUGGAUCAAAGGAGAGUGGCUCGGGCGAGUGCUGCUAAAAUGAGGAGGGCGCUGGAUAAAAGCACAGUGACAGUGGGUGUGUACGUGAAGAAGGAAGAGCUCUCAGAGGAUUACUACACGGAGGAGGGCGAGGAGGUGGUGGAAAGGGAGGGGGGAAGUAUCCUCUGUUUCGACGCUCUUCUCUUACUUCCUUCCUCUGCUUCUCUUUCGCCUGUGUCUAUCCUCUCUUCCUCCAUCCCCACCAUUCUCACCCCCAGGGAGCUGCUAUCACGGGGCAUUGGGGACAUCUCUGCUGUUGUCUGGCCCAACCAGCGCUUGUUUGUGUGGCAGUCAGGGUUUCGGUUCGACCGCCUGCAGACCACCACGAUGCUCUUUAAGGGCCUGCCGCCCGCACACGCUGACAGCAACACCAGUGGUAGCAGCAGUAGCAGUGGUAACGACAGCAGCAACCACAGCAACGGUGCAGAGGCAGGGGUGGCAGCGGGGCAACGGGAAGGUGCAGCAGCGCAUGAGCAAGGCAGGGAGGGCAGAGAGGCAGAGGAUGCAGAGACAGAGCUUAAAGGAGCACAUGAGGAGUCGAGGGAGGUGCAGGCAGGGAGUUGGAGCAUGCACAUGCCACCGCCCCUGCAGGUGCCUUACCCUCUCAAGGCGCCCGUGCCAGCCUUGGUGAAUCGGCAUGUGGCGGCAGCCGGUGCUGCUGCUGCGGCACGGCCGGUGGCAGGGCAGCAGGCAGGGGGGGAGGCAGGGGGACAACGAGGCGGAGGUGUGAAAUUCCCGUGGGGAAGAUAA